UAGAUCGAGGUUAGAGCAUAAUAGAUUCCACUUCUCGUGCUUCAUAUGUGUGUUGCUGCCUCUUGGGUUCAUUUUUUAAGCAGGCAUGAUGGAUUCCAAAGAAGCUGUUAAAGACUUAAAGAAACAGGGAGUUAAAGAAAAUAAAGAUGAAAAGACUCAAAACAUUACUAAUGUGAAUAAAAAGAAGAAAAACAAAGCUCCAAGAUAUUGGUCUGGAAACAAAGAUAAUACAAAAUUGAAAAAGAAAAGCAAAAAUGAUGGAGGAAUUAAAGAAGUUGAAGAGUUUGUUAUUGAUCCUGAAAUUCUAGAGAAGUAUACCCGUGGACAAGGUGUUAAUGUAAAGGAUGUGUCAAACAAAAAACUCCAAAGCAAGUUGAAAUCGAGUGAGGAUAAUUUUACUAAAGCAUCAAGACAAGCUGCUAGGGCUGAGCUUCUUUUGGCAGAGGAAUCUGGUUUUCUAGAAGCAGAUGAAAUGGAAAGAACAUACAAAUUUACUCAGAAAGAAAUAUCAAAGUCUGUGGAUGUUGCAAGUGCUGCAAAGUCCUUUGAAUUAAAGCUGGAUAAAUUUGGUCCAUACAAAGUAAAUUACACAAGAAAUGGAAGGUUUCUCUUAAUGGGUGGCCAAAGAGGACAUCUAGCUACUAUUGACUGGAAUUCAAAGAGACUUGGGUGUGAGUUUCAUGUCCAAGAAACAGUCAAGGAUUUAAAAUGGUUGCAUCAAGAAACACUAUUUGCUGUUGCACAGAAAAGGAAUGUCUACAUUUAUGAUAACACUGGAUUAGAAAUACAUUGUUUAAAGAAACAUAGAAAUGUUAACAGGAUGGAAUUUCUACCAUAUCACUUUUUGCUUGCAACAGUGGGAGACAAUGGUUACUUAAAGUACCAAGACACAUCAACGGGAAAGAUGGUUGCAGAACAUGCAACAAGACUUGGGAGAUGUGAUUGUAUGACACUGAAUCCUUACAAUGCGAUCAUCAACCUUGGUCAUGCAAACGGUACAGUUACCAUGUGGAGUCCUGCUGUAAAGGAGCCAUUAGUAAAAAUGUUUACACACAGAGGACCAGUUAUAUCAAUGGCGGUGGACAAAAAUGGCCUUUAUAUGGCCACCUCGGGGAUGGAUGGUUUAUUGAAAAUCUGGGACAUAAGAUCGUACCAACCACUGCAUGCCCAUCGUCUGCAUCGAGCGGCUCAUAGUUUAUCGCUCAGUCAAAAAGGACAACUGGCUGUCGGAUUUGGACCCCAUGUUUAUGUUUAUAAGAACCCUUUUACAGAGCAACAGAAAUUGCCUUAUAUGUCACAUCUUAUACCAUCAUCUGAGGUAGUCAGUCUGCAAUUUUGUCCGUUCGAAGACAUCUUGGGUGUUGGACACACAAAAGGCUUCACGAGCUUGUUAAUACCAGGGUCAGGAGAAGCUAAUUUCGAUGCUUUUGAAGCAAAUCCGUAUGAAACAAAGAAGCAAAGAAGGGAACAUGAAGUCAAAAUGCUUCUUGAAAAGAUCCAACCGGAAUUGAUAACGUUGAAUCCAAGUGAAAUUCUUCAAGUCGGUUCUGCAGGCGGGGGUAACAGCGAUGAGACUGAAACUGCAAAGGCAACAUUUGAACCGAGAUUUAGGACUAAGGGAAAAGGAACUACGGUUAAGAUUCAUCAGCGGAAAAAGGGCAUGAAAGGAGAUUCGAAACGAGAGCAAAUCAGGAAAGAGGUGAUGGACAAAAAAAGGAAAGAACGACAACAAAAGAUCAAAGAAAAAAGAAAAACUAAGGACCUUGCUUUGGAACCAAAGUCGACCCUAGAAAGAUUUACCCAAAAGAAAACCUGAUGAAAACGUUGUUUGAAAUCUAUGUUUUUGAGUUUAUAACAUGAUGUAUUAAAGUAUAGAGCGUCUGAGAUUCUUAAGAAUAGGGUUUUGAUGUAUCUGCAGUAAAUAUUCUGAUGUAUCUAUUUUUCAAGCAAAAGGAUUUUGAUUUUCAAGACAACUUAAACUCGGUAGCCCUUUCACUCAACGUGAUCCUGAGAUGAAACAAGUUUGGUCGGUGUUAUCUAUAAAUACCAGUUUGUGGAUGUGAAAACAGUGAAUCAUUUCUUAGGCGGACCGUUAAAAUUGCAUAUCCUGACGUUUUAUAGACGAUAUAAGUGUACAAAAGCAACAUUAUAAAACCAACCAGAGAUGCAUACCUGUUGCCUUAUCAAAACGCAUCUGAAAUUAUAACAAUACCUCAGCUUUUACACAAGGAAAGUAUUAGGAAAUUAUUUCAAAGUUUUACACUGAAAUUAUUUCAACGUAUUCAGUAUACCCGGAAAACAUAAUUUGAUAAAAUGAUAACACAAUUCGUUGCUAGAGCUCAGCUUGGUUCAAAAUAAUCUAUUAACUGCGCCGAUUUACAUUUUCCCUGUUUUGUUUAUUAAUUAUUUAGCUGAUGAAAUAUUUAUCGAUUCCAUUUGUGAUGGAAAUAUCAUCUUAGGAAACCGGUCUUUUUUAUCUCAAAUUGUUGUCAAACCAUAAAGGUUAUUUGUUUUACUCAUAUAUAUACAUGGCUGAAGUUAAUAAUGAAUUAUGUGUACGAAUCAA